AUGUCUCACUCCCUCCACCUCCUCACCCCAACCGCCUUAACCUUCCCCAAUCCCAAACCCCUCUCCUCCUCCGUAUUCCUCGCCCCCUUCUCCGCUCCCAACCGCCGCUUUACCUUCCCCGCCCUCUCCGUCAAAGCCUCCGCCGCCGGUUCCGAUCAAACCCCCUCCGUCCUCGUCUCCGCCAACGGCACCUCCUCCUCCGUCCUCUCCCCUUCUCCGGACCACGCCUCCGCCACCUCCAUCGAGGUCGACGCCGUCACCGAGGCCGAGCUCAGGGAGAAUGGAUUCCGCAGCACGCGCCGCACCAAGCUCAUCUGCACCAUCGGCCCCGCCUCCGCAGGGUCCGACCAGCUCGAGGCGCUCGCCGCCGGCGGCAUGAACGUCGCGCGCCUCAACAUGUGCCACGGCACGCGCGACUGGCACCGCGACGUCAUCCAGCGCGUGAGGAAGUUGAAUGAGGACAAGGGGUAUGCUGUUGCGAUUAUGAUGGAUACUGAGGGGAGUGAGAUUCACAUGGGCGAUCUCGGCGGCGCUUCUUCCGUCAAGGCCGAGGAUGGUGAGAUAUGGACUUUUAGUGUCAGAGCUUUCGGUUCUACUCUUCCGGAGCGCACCAUCAAUGUCAACUAUGAAGGUUUCGCUGAAGAUGUGAAAGUGGGAGAUGAACUACUUGUGGACGGUGGAAUGGUGAGGUUUGAGGUGGUUGAGAAGCUUGGCCCUGAUGUCAAGUGUAAGUGUACUGAUCCCGGACUGUUGCUGCCCCGGGCUAACUUGACUUUCUGGAGGGACGGGAGUCUAGUGCGAGAGCGAAAUUCCAUGCUUCCCACGAUUUCUUCCAAGGAUUGGUUGGACAUUGAUUUCGGGAUCGCAGAAGGUGUUGAUUUCAUUGCUGUAUCUUUUGUCAAGUCUGCUGAAGUGAUCAAUCAUCUUAAAAGCUAUAUUGCAGCACGGUCCAGCGAUAUUUCUGUUGUGGCAAAGAUAGAGAGUAUUGACUCUCUAAAGAACUUGGAAGAGAUCAUCCUUGCAUCAGAUGGAGCAAUGGUAGCAAGAGGUGACCUAGGUGCUCAGAUACCAUUGGAACAGGUCCCGUCAGCCCAGCAAAAGAUUGUUCAAGUAUGUCGGCAGCUAAAUAAGCCAGUCAUUGUUGCUUCUCAAUUACUCGAAUCUAUGAUCGAGUAUCCUACUCCCACUAGAGCUGAAGUAGCUGAUGUUUCUGAAGCAGUGAGGCAGCGAGCUGAUGCUCUGAUGCUUUCUGGUGAGUCAGCUAUGGGCCAGUUCCCAGAGAAGUCAUUAGCUGUUCUCAGAAGUGUUAGUUUGAGGAUCGAGAGGUGGUGGAGGGAAGAGAAACGUCAUGAACCUAUGUUACUCCCAGCUGUUGGAUCAUCAUUUUCAGAUAGUAUAUCGGAGGAGCUUUGUAUUUCUGCUGCCAAGAUGGCAAAUACUUUAGAAGUGGAUGCUCUUUUCAUCUUUACAAAGACAGGCCACAUGGCAUCUCUCCUGUCGCGCUGCAGGCCUGAUUGCCCAAUCUUUGCUUUCACUAACACAACAUCUGUACGGAGACGUUUAAACCUACAGUGGGGGCUGAUACCAUUUCGUGUGACUUUUUCUGAUGAUAUGGAAAGCAACCUUCACAAGACCUUCUCACUGCUGAAGGCCAGGAAUCUGAUCAAAUCAGGUGACCUUGUCAUUGCUGUCUCAGACAUAUUGCAGUCCAUUCAAGUUAUGAAUGUUCCGUGAGUACUGAUUGGUUAGAUUCCAAACCUCUUCUUGAUCUUACUUGAUUGUGUUAUCUGUCGAACUGCUAUAUUUGUUGCUAUCGUUACUACAAUUUGUUUACGGUGGAAAAAAAGCGGGUCAGUCUGGGAACAGUUCAGUCACAAGUCACAAGUUAUUUACCUUACCUCCCGGGUACCCUGUUUUUAAAUCUCACCCUAGUUUGGAGGGGUUUAUGCCACUUGAGCUGCCUGCUUUGCAAAGUACUUGCUAGUUGUAACAUUAAUUUGCUGUGUUAAGAGUAAUAUGAAGAGAUGUGUAUCCUUUAGACACAGAUGCUUUUAUGGUUUGUCAAAACACAAUAAUUUAUCCGAACUAUUGUAUUGCCUGGUUCAAGUUAAUGUUACUGUUUUGACAUCAACAAUGAUAGAUCCAUUUUGAAGUUACU